AAAGGGAAAUCAUUUGCACAGGAAAGACACAAAACAACUGUAAAAAAUCUGUAUUUUAAACUACAAACCCAAACCAGUGACCUUUCUUAUCGAAAAAGUGUUUGGAUCCAAAUGGUCAGUGAGUUGUUUCACACUCCAAAUAUUCAGUGGGAUGGUGGAAAUCUAUAUAUAAUGAGGGGAGUGUGUUCAGAAGCAUGUGCCAAGUGGGUCAGUGCCUCCUGCUCCUGCCUGCCACCCCUGCAUUCCUGGCACACUUUGGGUUCUGUAUUUUGUAGGCCCCUUCAGCCUGAGUCCAGGCCAACAGUCCACUGAUUUAUUGUCGAUAUUAAAAUCCUGGGCAGCUCAGAGUCUGUUUUGUGGAUUUUGGGGCCUGUGGUUCUGAUUCUUGCAGGAGUUUUUUUUUUUUCUAAAGUUGCCUGGUUUGGAAUAUUCAAGAUGAUUUCCAUUCCAACUGCUGGUCCUUCUGCUGAUGCUCAGUGUGCAAGCAGCUGAGUAAUCUGAAAUGUGGCCCGCAACUGCACACAGGAGCAUAUUUAGACACGCGCACACACACACACACACAGUGUGAUCAUUUGAGUCAUUUCACACAAAGAAAUCUGGAAUUCUUCAUCUGUCCUGUGUUCUAGUCCGUGUGCAUGUUGUGAGUGUGUGCCAAGGUUACAAUGAAAUAUGCACACCAGAGUACAUACUGAGGCCUACUGCAAUAACACACACACACACACACACACACACACACUGGCUGCAAUGCACCCCAGUCUGAGAAUCAACAAAUCAUAAAUCAGUAGAUUUCCAUCCAUUUUGGACAUCACAGAUUGCCUUUACCAUUCCUCUGCAGCUGGAAGGGGAGAGAGGGUGGGAAUUUAAAAGAAAGAAAGAAAAGAAAGAAUGAGAAAAAUAUUUAGCUAAUUGUAACAGUUUGUUCUGUGUAUGUAGUUUUUUCCACUGUGCAAAAUGAUUGUAUUUUUUCGUCAUUUUGGAAUAGAACGGAAGUUGGUCACAAAACGCAAAACUACAAUUAUUUAUCGGAGGUAAAUUCAGUGUUAUUGUUUUGUGGAAAGCGUUGACAAAGUCUAUAAUUAUGUGAAAAAAAUAUAAUUAUGUGGAUCAUGGCUGCCUGCACGUGCAGCCGGAAAGAGGAACAUUUAGCUUGUGCUCUUUUACUGAAGUCUUCUUUCUCCCUGUCUUUUUUUUUUCUUUUGCACUGGUGCAAUAAAUUAUGACUGCAGUAGGUGGCGCUCUGAGCUCACCCCCGACACCUCCAGCGGAGUGAGAGAGAGGGAGGGAGAGACAGAAAGAGAGAGAGAGUCAGCGCUCACCCCCUCCUCCUGCCCUCCCCCUUCAUCAUUAGAAACCUCAGAGCAUGAAUUACCUCUCCAAAGUCAUCGGCGAGAAUUUACGACUGGUCAACAAAAGCACGUGACCGCACCUCCUCCUCCUCCUUUCUCUCUGUUUCCCUCUCUCCUCCCUUACCUCACCCCUCACCUCCCCCAUCACACACACACCCCUCCAUGCAACACACACACACACACACCACCCCACCCCCAUAUUUGGACGGCGCAUACAUAGCUAAAAACGAAGUACAGUGCAACGCCAUAAUUCACUAAUACAUCAUAAAUCGUUGAAAGUACCCGCGUUAUAACGACCAGGAGAAAUCUAACAAAUCAAGCGCCCUGUAGUACUUAACUGUAAGGCUGCAACUCUCUAAAACAACCUAAAUGAGCUCUUACUUUGUAAACUCGUUCUCGGGGCGCUACCCAAAUGGCCCCGACUAUCAACUGCUAAAUUAUGGAGCCAGCAGCGGCGCGAUGAACGGCGGGACGUACAGGGACUCUUCCUCCGCCACCAUGCACCAUGCGACGGGCUCGUAUGGCUACGGCUACAAUGGCAUCGACCUGACCGUCGCCAACCGGGGAGGAGGGAGCAGCAGCGCAGGCAACACCGGAGGACACUUCGGAGGCGUCGGGGACUCCCGGGGCUUCGGCUCCCCGACCCCGGAGAGGAGUUUCAGACAGCCUUCCAGCUGCUCCCUCGCCUCAGCCGCAGACUCCCUCCUGUCACCCGGCAGUGGAGACACUAAACUGGGCGCACAGAGCUCCUCUCCCCGCUCUGAGCAACCAGGAAGCGGUAAUCUCAGCUCUCCAAACCUGUCCUCGAACUCUUCCAGCGGUGGUUGUGGUGGUGGUGGCGGCGGUGGAGGCGGAGGCGGCGGCACGGCGCAGCAGCGCUUCACCGAGCUCGACGACGCGUCGCCUGACACCGACGAUUUGCACCACAGCCGGGACGCCGGCCACGGCGGCAACCCGUCCUCCAGGACCGGACACACGCAUCCCAUGCAGAAGCAGGAGGGCAGCGGCGGCGGCGGCGGCGGCGCGGCGGGACCAGCCGCCGGCAGCACCGCGGGCAGCGAGGCGCAAACACCACAGAUAUUCCCCUGGAUGAGAAAGCUUCACAUUAGCCAUGAUAUGACGGGCCCCGACGGGAAACGUGCGCGGACAGCGUACACCCGCUACCAGACGCUCGAGCUGGAGAAGGAGUUCCACUUCAACCGGUAUCUGACGCGGCGGCGGCGGAUCGAGAUCGCGCACACGCUCUGCCUCACGGAGCGCCAGAUCAAGAUCUGGUUCCAGAACCGCAGAAUGAAGUGGAAGAAGGACAACAAACUGAAAAGCAUGAGCCUGGCCACUGCCGGCAGCGCUUUCCAACCCUGAAGAAAGUCAAAAUACAAACCAAACCAUUAAUAGAAAACAGCAACAAAAAAGAAAGAGAAAAAAAAAAAACAUCCGUCCAUCAUUUGUGGAAACGUCACAGCCAGGACGAACAGGCUUCCCUACCAAAAACGACUGUAGGUCUAUAUGAAAUGAAGAAAAAAACAAACUGACAAAAGUGGAGACGCCUGCGGAUAAUUGAGCUGGAGGAGAGACCUAAAAAAAAUAUCACUGAUUCCACAUUGUGAUUUAAAAAAAACAAACAAAAAACACUUUCUAUCAUCGAAGUACUGUACAACAGCGCAGCACUUUUUCUUUGUUCGGCAUGUUGGUCUUUUUUGGUGUUUUAGGGCGAUGUAAAAAAUACUGUGGUACUUGCUCUUGUAAGAAAAAAAAGUAGAAGAAGCAACAAAACCAGAAACAAUUUAAUGUUCAUGAAUGUUUUCAUCGUUUUUAAAAUAUCUGUCAGGAAGAGAGGAGUGGAUGGAGGAAUAUGCUACCUAACAUGAAUACUACCUAAAAGAAAACCUUACUACCUACCUGUUGUUUAAGGUCUAAAUGUCGUUGUAUGUGUCGAGUGCGAUGUAUUGUGGUUAACAAGUGCUUUCUGUAGCGAAGUCAGCAUGUGAGCUCUUAUUCGUAUAAGUUAUUCACUGCCAGUAACAGUAAAAUAUAUCGGCCGCUCCCUUCGUUACUUGUGCUCCAGUUUGAGCAGAGAAGGCGUGAGGGUCAGCCUGGCCUGUAUACAUCUCCGUAUCUACACAUUAUGUUGUGUAUUAUUCAAAAAAAAAUGUAACUGUAUAUUAUUAUUGUUAUUAUUGUUGUUGUUGUAAUUAUUGGAUUUAUGUUCCAGAAAGGAUGUAAAUAGAUAUUGACAUUUUUAAGUGUAUCCAGUUCACCAUUUGUACUCGCAGCUGUGUGUGUGUGUGUGCGUGUGUGUGUGUGUGUGUGUGUGUGUGUGUGUGUGUGUGUGUGUGUGUGUGUGUGUGUGUAAGAGAGAGAGAGGGAGAGUGUGUGUGUGUGUGUGUGUGUGUGUGUGCGCAUGCAAGAGAAAUGGCUACCGUCCUGUGAGGCCUGUACGCGUUCUGCCAAUGAGCUUUUUGUAUUUGUUUGUAACUUGAAGUAAAGCAGACAAUAACUGAGAAAAAAAAGAAAAGAAAGAAAAAAUAAAGUUCCUCAUAAUCGUCA